UCUGCCCCGCCCUCGUCGCCGCCACCCUGGGCCUGGAGCGGACUCGCGGCUGCAGCUGUUCACGGACGGGCAGCCGGGCGCUCGGCCGCCGCGUCUAGGGCUGAGCGCCGCGACGCGGCUGCUUGUCCCGAAAUCCUCCCGGAUCUUUAGGCGUAUGGAACCUCAAGGUCUUUGAGACAAUGGAAACCAAAAAAUUGAUUGGUAAACCACUUCAACCAGCAAGACCUGUUCGUCAUCUGACUUCUCCUCCUGGAACAGUAUUCCCUUUCAACUUCCAAAACGAAUAUCCAUGCAACACCCAGUACUUACAAAGUGGAGUUAGCAGAUGUAAGACGAGUGGAAUGCAAGCCUUUUCUCAAGGUCUUAAUGAACAACAACAUCAGUCUCCAGUUAAAAAAGAGAGAAUCAAAUACAGCAGAGAUUUUCUGUUGAAGCUCUCAAGUGUUUCCAUCUGCAGAAAAAAACCAGACUUUCUGCCUGAUCAUCCCAUUGUACUUCAAAAACCAGAAAACAACCAAAGCUUUAAGUAGCAUUUUGAGAAUGUAUGUAUUUCAAGAUAAAGAAUUACUAAUUUUAUAUUUUGGACACCUGCAAAUGAAGUGGAUCUAGUAACAAUAACUGUAACAGACUGUAACAAUUCAAUUUAUUUUUAAUUUUGAUGGUUGGAUAUUUGGUUUCUCCUAAAAUGAGAAAGAGAUACUUUAAACAAUAAAGAAUUUUCUAAUCA